GGAUCCCGGUGAACAUUUGUGUUGUGAGCUCGUGAGCUUUUUACCACAAACCAAACAAGAAGAGGAAAGACGAGAACACUCUCACUCUCCCUUUGACUUUUGCUUCCUCUCCUUCUCCUAGAACUAGCAGCCUUGCCGCUUUUCACAGAGGGAGCUCCCAAGCCACAUCUAAACCACACCUACAACACAUAACGCGCAACAAUGACGGUAUCAACCUUCCUCCCGGACGCGGCAUCCGAGCCGCUUGUGGUGCUCGUCUCCAACAGGGCCGUUCUCACUCUGCCUGACGACUCGCUCCUCCUCACACCCGCCACCGUUGCCAUCUCCUCCACCACCGGCAAGAUCGUCUUCGUAGCCCCGGCCAUCCUCCCCCAAGAAGCGUUCCCUGCGUCGAGCACAUAUGUGGACUACGGCAACAAGCUCAUACUCCCUGGCCUCGUAGACGCCCACGUCCACCUCAACGAGCCCGGCCGUACAGAAUGGGAAGGCUUCGCGACUGGCACGAGGGCGGCUGCCUCGGGCGGCGUCACCACCGUCAUCGACAUGCCAUUGAACGCCAUCCCUCCCACCACCACACUCGAAGGCUUCAGGGUAAAACUUGCUGCUGCUCAGGGUCAAUGCUGGGUCGAUGUUGGCUUCUAUGGCGGCGUCAUCCCCGGCAACGCUGAUCAGCUGCUUCCCCUCGUCGAGGCCGGUGUCCGUGGCUUCAAGGGAUUCCUUAUCGAGUCCGGAGUCGAGGAGUUCCCCGCCGUCUCCUCAAGCGACAUUGCCCUCGCCAUGACCACCCUCAAGGACACACCAACAACGCUCAUGUUCCACGCCGAGAUGCUCCCGCCCAUCACCGACUCGGUCGGCGACGGCGUCACCCGCUCCGACCCGCCCCUGGCCCCCAAGGGCGAGCUCACCAGCUACUCCACCUUCCUCGAGUCGCGCCCGCCCGCCUUCGAGACCUACGCCAUCGAGGAGAUCCUCUCCAUGGUCGACCUCGCCCCACAGCUGCACCUGCACAUCGUCCACCUGUCCGCGACCGAGGCCAUCCCAAUCUUGCGCAACGCCCGCGCCCGCGGCGUCAACAUCACCGCCGAGACGUGCUUCCACUACCUCGGCCUGGCCUCGGACAACAUCGAGGACGGCGACACCCGCCACAAGUGCUGCCCGCCCAUCCGCGAGCAGUCCAACCAGGACAAGCUCUGGGCCGAGCUGACCGCCGGUGACGACAGCUGCAUCCGCACCGUUGUGUCCGACCACAGCCCCUGCACCCCCGAGCUCAAGCUGCUUCCCGACCACUUGGCCGUCCAGCCCGAAUUCGACGAACAGAACGGCGCCAUGCUCCGCCGCCCCAGCCUCCGCUUCCACGACUCCGGCAUCGACGUCACCCUCCCCGAGGAUCUCCCCGAGGAGAAGCACGACAAGACCGACUGCUGCGGUAAUCACGAACACGCCGCCGAGCUGUCCCACGUCCAGCAAGACGCCGCCGCCGGCCCCCAGGGCCAAGGCGACUUCUUCGCCGCCUGGGGCGGCAUCUCCUCCGUCGGUCUUGGCCUGCCUAUCCUCUACACCACCGCCACCAAGCGGGCCACUCCUUUGUCUGUUGUCGACAUCGUCCGGCUGUGCUGCCAGGCCACGGCCAAGCAGGUCGGUCUCUCGCACCGCAAGGGCGGGCUCAAGGUUGGCAUGGACGGCGAUGUUUGUGUGUUCGAUGAUGAGGAGGAGUGGGUGUUGAAGGCGGGUGAUAUGAAGUGGAAGAAUAAGUGCAGUCCGUGGGAGGGACACCAGUUUAAGGGACGCGUGAGGGAGACUUGGUUGAGAGGCAGGAAGGUGUAUCAGCUUGGUGGAGGCAAUGGGGGUUUCGUGAGUGUGAAGCCGGUUGGUGAGGCGAUUACUGAGAGGAGGGUGGUUUAGGUUAGUUGAGGGACUGGUUUAGGGGAAGGAAAUGGGGAAGGGAAAGGUGAAGGAUAAAGGAUGGACGGCCAUGAGAAUGAGAGAUGAGGGAUG